AAUCCAAUACCUCUCUAACCUCUCACCUCACCCUUGUAUAUUUACAGGCUUGAACUCAUUUACCAAACAUUGACAUUGUUUGCUUAUUUCUUCCCUUCUCCUCCUCCUCCUCUGCUACUUCGUGGGCCAGUGCUCAAUCUCACUCAAAUUGCAUAAGCUUUCAAGUUUUCAUUUAUCAAAAUGACUAAUGUGGUGGAACUGAAAGUAGGUUUACAUUGUGAUGAAUGCAUUAAGAAAAUCUUGAAGGCUGUCAAGAAAAUUCAAGAUAUUGAAACGUAUAAUGUGGACAUUGAGCUCAACAAGGUCAUAGUGACUGGCAAUGUUACAACAGAAGAAGUCAUCAAAGUCAUCCAAAAGAGCGGCAAGACAGCAACCACUUGGGAAGGAGAUCAAACAAAUUCCUAAACUUGCGAAAGCUGUGUGUCCUUUACUAUUUAGUAAGAUCACACCAAACUAAAGAUUAUCAGAUGUGGCCAUGGAUAUUUUCACCUUCACUUGGUUAGCAGGACAGAAGAUAGAAGCCAAUCAGACAACAUUUAUGCUUCAAUAUCUAGAUAUAUAUAUAUAGUAGUAGUUACCUUCAAGAAUCAUCAAAUCUAUGUUCUCUACCAAAUCAAAAUAAUUGAUCAUCAAGUGCAACUUUGUUUUUGGAUGAGGUUAA